AUGGAGAUCCCAUUACGUGAUGAUUCUAUAAUUAUUGGAAGCAACAACGGCUCAGUGAGCAAGUCAUUGGAAGUAUUGCAUCUUAUUGGGGAACCUGACUUUCGCGACGUCAGAUUGCGGUGGGAGUAUGGCAAACAAGACGACGAUGAUCGAUCGAAACCUUUGGCGUUUCAAGUGCAUUAUUGCGAACUGCAGGCGUGGGGGCAGUAUCGUUGCAGAACACAGGUAAUAGAUACAGUUGAAGAGGAAAAGUCCAGUAGAACUACAAGUACGACAGAAUCUACAACAACUAGUCAGCCUGCAGGAUCUAGUGGCAAUCGGCACGGACGCGUAUACAGUACACGGAUUAUUGGCUUACGCAUGGCUACAACAUACUCAUUCGAAGUACGCCCGGUUCGACGAGAUGCUCGUGACCUUGCUGAUCCGAAAUCUAUCGGUUCUAAAAUAAUUAUCGUCCCUACAAAAGGAUUUUCAGCCCGUGCAACCCAAUGCUUACCGCACGCAAGUGAAGUUGAAGUAUCGACGGGUCCUUACUUUGGAGGUCGCAUCGCGGUGGAAGCAGUCGACGGUGGGCCCGAACGUUGUUCUUUACAGGGCAAUCCAAACAGCUCCCAAGACGCCUAUAUUUUACGUAUACACCACGACGAAUGUGGUUCUGAAGUAAAUGAUACCACAGUCGCUACAUAUGUUAUCGUCCAGGAAAAUCUACCUAUACUGACACACAGUACUCGACGCUUUUUAGUACUGUGCACAUACAAGCCAGAAACAUUAACAGUCAGAGCCGGCAUUAACCUACCUAAAUCCAACCCUGGGGACGUGCUUCAACAAAGUAAACCUUCCCGCGGGUCCGUGGAACCGUACGAGAACCAGGAGAUGGACUACAAUGAACUACAGCCAGCCAGACUUGAAGCCCAGAAAGAAGACACACAACAAAACGUGUUCGGUGAGGUCACGCUGGUGAUGUUUCUGGUAGUGGCCGCUUUUGGCGGCAUUGCUCUUUUAAUAUGGAAAAUGGUACCGCAAAUUGAAAAGGACAAUAUAUCAGUAGGCACAGUUUCCUCCCUGGCUCGGAGUGGCAUCUUCAGACGUCGGAAUAGAGAUAAGUUCUCAGACAUAAGUUCAGUUUAUUCUAUUACUUUGUCAGAGAAAGAUGAAAAUGCCAAAAAAACAAAUGAAGGAGAUAAUACAUCUGAAGCGUGA